UGCAUUUAAGUUUGUGCUGUGUGUGUGUUUUGGGGUCGCUUCUGGAAGUCAACGAGUCCAUUGCAUUCUGAUCGUGUCGUCAGUCGCGCGCCCCUGGGAAGGGGGCCCCGUGUACGUACGUGCGUAAUCGGUCGGCCGAGAGAGAGAGGGGCAGUGCGAUGAAACAAGUCUCAGAAAAACCGUGAGCACAAGUAGACUUUCAUCAAACUAAUCGGCACACUUGGACUACACGAGCGUUGUACAUUACUUGAUUGACAGGACGAGCAUGUCAUCCGUGGGGCAGAGAGAAAAGGCUGCCCUCAGGCAGUGCAUUCAGGCCCGGGCCCAGCUGGACGAGGCCAUCGCUGGGGUCAUCAGAGCUGAAGUUCAGCUUCGGAGCAACUCCAGAGAGGUGAAGUCUCAGCUGCACAGCUGUAUCAGUAGACAUCUGGAGAUCCUUCGCUCUCGUGAGGUCUGGCUGUUGGAGCAGAUUGAUCUGGUGGAGCAGCUCAAAGGAGAAACUUUACAUCAGCAGCUACAGCAGCUUCAUUUGCUGAAAGGCCAGUUUGACAUCCUCAUUCAUCAGCUGGAGUACUCCAGUAGUAAUAAUCUUGCCCCCCAGUUUACCAACUGCCUGGAAAAGCUUUCUUCUCUCAAUCUGACUCCUGAAGAAACCCCAGAGAUGAGUUUCCAAGCAGAUGCACGCAGCUUGCGCCAGGCUAUCACAUCCUUUGGGACCAUUUCCACCCAGCAGAAGGAGACCUCAAACUCUUCUGAGAGACCGUGGCUUCUCCAGGACUGCCCAGUUUCUUGCAAGAGACAGAAAGUAGAUCCUGAAUGGGCCACACCUCUGGCUGAGUGGCUUCUAGGAAACCGUUCAGGAAGCAGCGCUCCUACAGGACACCACUUCGACACAGACCUCCAGGACUGGCUGCUUGUUUCCAAGGAAUCUCAGGAAGAGCGACAGUUACCUGCCUUUGACUUCCUAAAAGCUUGGGGCCAGCUUCAAGACCUGGAGUCGUGGCUUCUGAAGGAGAAGUUGCCAGCUCGUGAACGAACCUGUAGCGGAAGCUCGACCUUCUCGAUUGAGAUGAUCGAGGAAAGUGACCUAAACCUGGAUGAGGUGGAAGUGGAAGACGAGCAGGAAAAAGGGGACGGCACUGUUGAGGAAGAAGAACUCAGCAAGUGGCUCUUCAGCCCAAGCACGUUCAAGCAAGAUAAGACCAGCCCGGUGUCAGAUGCUGACCGCUUCAAGCAGAUCAUCAAACCCUUUUACGAGAGCUUCUCCUCCAGCGAUUGGCUACAGAAGUCCGACUGCAGCUCUUGCUGUGCCACACGCAGUGCUGCCGUGGAAAUCGAGAACCUAGGAAAGCUCAAGUGCCUAAAGACUCCACCUUCAUCUGCUGCCAGCACUCCAAUCACCAGUCCAGAAACCAUCGAAAUGUGGCUUCACAAGACCAUCCCUAUCGAGACCACCUGCAAAGCCAAUGAGACCUGUGCCAGCUACGCUCAGUGUGUCUGUGACGACAAUUGUGGAAAAGAGGCCCUUAGUGCUUGGCUCCUCAAGAAAGAGGGUCGAGAUAAGAAUGGUGUUCCUGUCAAUAAGAACGCCCCAAACAAAGCCUCCAGCCAGCAGCAGAAGGUUCAAGCCGUCCUAGAGACGUGGCUGCAUCCGAGCAACAGUACCAAGUCCCCUGCCCUGUCAUCCCUCUCUGCCUGGGUGACCCCAUACAGCAAAACCUCAGACUCUGAGAGCUCCACCCAGGAGCCUUUGCAGAACUGGCUUUUGCCAGCGAUGAAGCACAUAAGCACAACCACUGAGACGCCAAACGAGCCAAAGAGUGAGAACCAUAAAGAGCGAGACAGCAAGGACAUCGAGGAGGAUAAAUGGCUUCUACGCAAGCGGGUGAGUGCACAGGAAAGGCUAGGCCUACCCACAGUAUGUGACCUGUUUUCCUGCAUGAAGCUCAGUGGGGACAAAGAAAAGUGGCUACAUCAAACAGCUACACAGAUAUGAAUGCAACAUCCAUAAGCUUCUGGAGAUUGACUCCAAUGCUAUUUAAUCACUGAUUAUUGCACAAUAUUUUUCUGUAGUGCUCUUUAGCGAUCCAUUCUUCUGGAGAUUGGAAGUGUGAUCUGGACUGAGGCUUUUGGUACACCAUCACUUGAGGACAGACUACUGUCAUUUUGUCCUUUUAUUGGCUUAACACAGUUCAAUUCCAGUAAUGUGGUGGAGACCGAUGUGUUUUUAUUAGAAUUCACUAAUGUCAUUUAGAAAUCACGAGGAAAUGGACCAGAUUGGUGCAUACAAAACAAAUACUUUUUUUCCCCAUGGAGGCAUAGUUGGUGAGGGGGUUUGAGAAGAACUGAAGCAAAAAAUGAAUCUAUAUUAAUUUUAAUCACACACAAUUACAGCUUUUAUUAUUCACAUUUUAGAACUCAGUCUUGCACAUAUAGAGGAAGUCAUGCCUUAAAGCAGAGAGUGAUUUCCUCCAAUUCUUUAAAUAUAUAUUUAUAUAAAAUUUUACUAUUUUCAUAAGUAUAGAAUGAGCUUCACUUGCCGUUUAUUUUACUUUAUUUCAAUAAUUCAAUUAUAUACUUUAGGGGCAUAUAAAAAUCAUGUACCGACUAAACAUAGCAUAACUUCUGUUAUUGAAACCUCGAGAAGUCUGAUCACUCGUGCCUGACAUCGAAUGUGUAGCAAUGCUUGUUGUCAGUCCACCUUAUCAUUUCUGCUGUGUCAUGUGUGUGUUCUUGGUGUUAGGCUCAAAUUUGUGGUAAAUGUUUAGAAUAGAAUCAAUAUAGUUCUUUUUAUAUGGAAUUGGUCAUAUAAUAACCACUGGUGUUGCUUGAUGCCUCUGCUGUGAACCACCCUGUCAGCAUGAAAGACCAGAUUUAUUCUUUCCACUUGCAGAGCAAAGACUGGUUCAAAAAUGAAACUGCUUCUUUUAGAUAGAAUAAAGAAGUUUUUAUAUGUCAUCUCAUGUUCCAGUCGUUCAGUAAGUAAUGGACUAAGGAAUUGGUACACAAACUAACAAUGCAAAAAUCUUUUUUUUUUUGUCAGCAUGUCCCAGUGUUGGACUCCAGUAUUGCACAUGUAUACAUAUGUAGAUCUAAAAUACUGCUUACGUGAUCUCUAAAGCUAAUGAUCAAAUGAAUAAAUAAAAGUACAUAAACGUG